UUUGUGUUACCAGGUGGACUAAAAUGACCGAGAACAAUCUCAUCGCCAUUAUUGAAAGCAACGAAAUCCAAGAAUUCAUUGGUUGCGACAGUAGUCAACAAUUCAAUCUCAAUCAUGUAUUUGAAAGUGGGAGUACUUUGUUGUCGUGGGCGGUAAGAAAAUCUAACUUAGAAAAUGUUUCGUCUUUGGUUCGAAGAGGUGCCAAAGUCAAUAAGCCGGAAAGAGGAGGUGCCACGCUUCUUUUACUCGCCGUUCACUUAAAUCGUCCCGAAAUCGUGACAUACUUGUUAAUCAAAGGAGCGUCUGUUAACUUGGGUGACUCAUAUGACACACCUUUAACAGUAGCCGUACGGAAGCAACAUUUAGAAAUCGUCAAAGUUCUAGUAGACACUGGUGCCAAAAUCAACGUUGUUAAUAUAGACGGAUUAUCACCGCUAUUCUGGGCUAUCAAACAAGACGAUGUCAAACUUUUAAAGCUCCUUACAAGGAGAGGGAUUCCCAAAAAGUCAAAAGACUCUUCCGGAGAUUCACCUUUCAUAGCCGCCGUCAAAAACGGUUGUUCGAGACAAACCAUCCAAUGCCUGGUCAAAAACGGUGCCCAUAUCCACGAAACUGCGUUAAUCUGUGCCGCUACGAAAGGACAGUUGGUCGUUAUCCAAGUACUGAUUGAAAACGGAGCCGAUGGAAAUAUGGUAGGCCCUGAUGGUAACACCCUUCUUGCGACUGCAGUUCGUUAUCGACAAAACCCAGCCGCCAGAUAUUUGACUUCUUUAGGUGUCAACGUCUGUAAGGUUGGUAAAAAUGGAAAAACCCCUCUCCUAUGGGCUAUCCAAAACCAAGAUCUUGACAUGAUCAAGUGGCUUUUGGACAGGGGUGCCGCCUACAUCCUUGACAGCGUUUUCCUGGAUGCCAUAGCCACCAAAAACUUGGAAAUUGUCAAGAUCUUGUACGACCGAGGGAUCAACAAAUCCCAGAUUGUUAAAACUUUGUUUUGUGUUAUCUUUCCAAAGGCCGAAACGGUUUUUGAAUCCAACGGAUGGUUAAUUUGAUAUAUACCAAUAUCUACUCAAGUGCUGGCUGUUACCACGGGGACGUUUUUACGUACCGAUAGUGUUUCUUUCAUUAAGGUGAAUGACUGCGGUCGUACAACAUUUUUAAUUAAUCCUUUGUUCUCUUAUGUUUUACCUCCCGUGGUCU